AUGAUUGCUCCUAAUACAAAUGCACCUGUUGUUGCUGAAAUGAGUGAUGAAACAAUCACAGAAAAUACCAUCGCUGUUAAUUCGCAACAUAAGAAUAUGAGAUUGUUUUUUGUCUUGAAUACGUUAGUCCAACACUUGCAUGAUUUUGCUAGAGAAGUUAGAUUAACAACAGAAGAAUGGGAAGAAGGUAUCAAAUUUUUGACUGAAUGUGGCCACAUCACUACGGAUAUAAGACAAGAAUUUGUUUUGUUGUCUGAUGUUUUGGGGUUUUCGGUAUUGGUCGACAGUAUCUCCCAUCCAAAGCCAGAUAAUGCCACUCUGGGGACGUUAUUGGGUCCCUUUCAUACACAUGAUGCUGAAGUCAAGGAGAACGGAGAAACCAUUGUUUCAGAAGGUAAAGGUGAGCCUCUAUUGAUUGAAGGAAAAUUGACUGACACCAAAGGUAAUCCAAUAUCAGAUGCCACCAUCGAUCUCUGGCAUUGUGACAAGGAUGGAUUUUAUGAUACACAGUAUGAAGAUCGUGAAAAGGCAGAUUUGAGAGGAAUUAUCAAAACUGGAAAAGAUGGAUCAUUUGCUAUUAAAGCCUCAAAGCCUGUACCAUAUCCUAUUCCAAGUGAUGGUCCAGUCGGUAAACUUUUGAAAAGAAUCAACCGUCACCCUUAUAGACCAGCCCACAUUCAUUUCAUAAUUGAGAAGCCUGGUUAUGAUAAAUUAAUCACAGCCUUAUAUGAAAAAGGUGAUCCGUAUGAAACAUCAGAUGCAGUAUUUGGUGUUAAAUCAAAGUUAUUGUACACUUUAGGCAAAGUUGGAAUGGAAAAGUCGAAACAGUAUAAUAUGAGCCCAGAUGAUUGGUAUUUGAAUUGGGAUUUUAAGAUUAUUACAGAUAAAGAGUCGCGUGAAUUAGUCUACGAAAAAAAUAAAAAAGCAAUUGGUUUGAAUAGCAAUUUAGUUCUCAAUAAAAAUGGUUUGCCAGAAAUGGCACCAUUAGAUUGA